AUUAAUAACUAUGAAUCUUAUAUUGCUUUCCAUACUUGUACUUGCAGCUUUAUGAAACUCUUCUGAAUCAGACCCUGAUAAGAUUCUUGUCUGAUGCAAGUCUAAUAAUGAAGUAGAUUACACAUGAUGUGAUAUUUCCAAGAGUGCAGAUUUUAAAACUUCAUAUAUGAGAGAGCAAUCAGUAAGCACUCUGAAGUGAGCAAUAGUGUCAAGUCCACCCAAUGAGGCCAGAUAUAUAGACACAGAAGGACAUAUCAUUGGAAGAGGAGAAGAAGCUGCUCUUGAGGAGCUUUGAGGUUUCUUUCCAGACAAUGAACCCGAGCUAAAAGUUUAUGCCUCAAUGCAUAUUCUCAUAAUAAUUUUUAUCCCCAUUAUUUUGACUGUUAUGGGAGCAUGCACUGUAGUUUGCCUUGUAGGCCCUAGGAAGCUGUUCAGGAUGAACCUCGAGUUUGCAGGUAUUCGGAAAAGGCAAGACAAUAGUCAGUCUAGUUCAAGGAUGACCAGAAACCAUUUAGAUGAGUCCUCUUCAGAAGAAGAGAAGCAACUCCCCAGCAACAGAGACAGCCUUUUAUAGACACUUCAUACCCAAUUUAAACCCUAAUCUAAUCUCUCAACGUCCAACACC